AUGGCAUUGGGAAGUUCGGGGAAGAAGGCUAGGUCCAAGUCCACUCGACAUGACCUUCCUGAUGCAGUCGAGGAUCCAGCAAGUUCAGUCAGUGCAUCAGCCGCUGCGGCAAGGCAGUUGCAGAGCCUUCGCCGGAAGAGCGAUGAAAUCGAAGCAGGCAUCAUGCAAAACAAUGCCGCGGUGGAGAAGAACGGGAAGUCCCUGCACUCGGGGGAGGCCUUGCCAAAAGAGCACUCGGAAGAGCACAAAGCCAGCAAGCCAAAGGCCAGUCGGCCCUGUUGGUCAAGCGAAGAGGUGGCUUGCUCUCUGAGGACAGCCACGAUGCUGGUGAUUGUUCAGAACAUGUGCUUUUUCCUCUUGCUAGUACCUUCCGCUCUCGGUGAAUGCCAGGAGAAUCGCACCUGCAUGCCGCUGCUGAGCUUGGUUGCUUUGUUCCUCGACGUGACCAUCUUCACUGGACAUUUGAUGUUGGGAUACUUCGAGACGGCAUACAGGAAGGAGUUCCCCAGUAACAACUUCUGGCUAUUGACCGUUGUAUGGUCAAUCUGGAACAUGCUGUCGCAUCCUUUCUGGCGAGACAACCUCGUUGAUUUAUUUGUGGUGUGGCCGCAGGAGCUGCACACGAUCUUGAACAUUGCUGCUGUUGUGGUGUGUUCGCUAACGCAGAUGAUGCCAUCAUGGAGGCAUCUAGCAUGUAUGGUGAUGGGCGAGUUCUUCUUGAGCCUCGCGCUCUCGGCUGCGGAGGUGCUCAGUGCAUUCGUGGAAGCUCUCGAUCCAACAGCACUGGAUUCGCCCACGGUCCGGUUUGACCUGGUGAUCUUCAACAUUGCCAUUUUGAUUAUCGGGUCGACUAUUGUGCUUGGCGCCUUGAACCCUGAGAAGGACAUUAAGAGUGGAGACUCUGAAGCAUUGUCGCUCACGUCUGCUCUUCAUUCCCAGGCCUUCGAGGAUGACCUUGAACGACGGAAACGAGCUGUGUUGACGGCCCUCUGUGACACUGUGCUGACGACUAACGCCUACUUUGCUAUUUCCGCCAGCAACGAAAGUGCGGACAGGCUCUUCAAGAGGCCGAUGUUACAUGAGAUUUUCACAGACUACUUGAAGGACAACGCGGAGAAGGCAAAGUUUCUCUCGUCGAUGAAGAAGCAGUUUCCUGAAGAUGAUUCUCUGAGUGACGGUCCAAAGCGGCUGCGGGUCACCAUGCGCGAUGCGCAGGGGAAGCUUUUUGAAACUGACGUAGUGGUCUCGGAUGCCAGCACGGAUCUGAGGACAGGAAAAGCUUCAAAGCUGAUGGUCGCUAUGCACAUACGACCAGAGUAUCGAUCACAAGUUCUGGCAGAGGCCGCGAAGCGUCCGAACCGAUGGAGGGACGCAGGAACGGACGCCUCAGCCCCCAGUCCCAAUCCCGUGAUGGCCGGCCUCGCGGGCCUGGCAGGUGAUCUGCAGUCCAUGGGCAUGGCCAUUGAGUCGGUGCAGGUGAACGACCCUUUGAGAUCUCCUCCGCCACAGCUCAAAGGAAUCGAGGAGCAGCAGCGCCUCUUCCAUCGAGACUUCAGCCAGGAGCUGCUCAGCAUCUAUCGAGAUCUGCUGCGAAGCGAUACGGUCAAACAGUCAGGUCCGUCACCAUCCGCCAGAUCUUCCAUGGUCUCAAAGUCAGGACCACCGAGGAUACGCUUGCACCGAGCCAACUACGAGUCCUUCCGUCGUCGUACUUCUUUCGCGGCCGGGCUGGGAGAACAACAGGUUGAUUUGAGGAGCUUAUCCUUCUCAGACGGGGAGACAAAAUAG